AAGGCGGUCAGCUGGAUCCAGCUCAUCAUGGCUCUGCUCAGCAUUCUGGGCUCCAGCUCCAUCAUCGUCUGCCUGGUCACACAGAGACUCAGCCAAAGACCCGAGCUGCAGCCUCUGCUCCUCCUCAGCGGGGCAGACCUCCUGCUCGCCUCCUGCUGGGUGAUCGGCGCUGUCUUCUUCUUUCAGCCCUGCUACAACCUGAACACACACUGCUACAACCUGCACACUGUGGAGCAGAUUCUCUACAUGGCAUCCUUCUUCUACACGCUGAACUACGUGUGGAACCUGUACACCAGGACAAGCGAGAAGUACAACAGCUGCUUCAUGGGAUAUUCUGUCCAGUUUUCUAACAGAGUGAGCACGACGGCUAAAAUAAUUUCUCUGCUUUCAUUUCUGGUUCCGGCGCUGCUGAUGACACCUGUAUUCAUCGCAGGAAACAUGAGUCACUGUCAGGCCAACCUGAGCAUGCCCUACAGGUGUCUGCUGAUGCACACCGGAGCGCUGUACCUGACCUCAGCCCAGGAGCUGAGCACCACCUGUCGGCUGCUGCACAACUACCAGAUCCUGGUCUUCCUCAGCACCUUCCUCCUCACCCUCCUCAGCAUCACAGUGCUCGUGGUGAAAGCUCGGAGGAUCUACAGGCGGGUUGUGACAUCCAGCGGUUACCUAGGCAACGAGCAGCGGGCCUUGUUCCACCUGUUGGACCGGCGGAUGGUUCUGUACCCGCUGAUCUUCGUGCUCUGCUGGGGUCCAGCGGUGGCGCUGGCGUUCCUGCGGAUGGCGACUCCCUCAGCGGGUCACGGGAGAGCGGGGGUCGUCCUUUACAUCACUCAGGCUCUCACCUCGGCCUCUCAGGGCUUCUUCAACUGUCUGGUCUACGGAUGGACCCGGGUCCACCUGCGUCGAACUGGUCUGACCGCCUUGUCUUGGGAUGUGGACUCUCAGAGUCCUCUGCUGCGAUCCCAGCAGACCAGGAGCUACAAGACCCUGAAUACCAUGAGCUGA